UAAAAAUACAAAAUGCAAUUCAAACCGCUCUAGACCUUUUUCCCCUUUUCAUAUUGUUUUGGCUUCACUUGGCAAUUGCACAGACAAAUAUACUCCACAGCGUACCAAAUUCUACCCCUUUACAAUACAUGCACUCAGAUUUGUACACAGUUAGGGUUUCUUAUUAUUGUUUUUUUUUUUCCGAUUUGGGGGAAUACAGAGUACUCACCGGCAAAUCGGUAACAAAUUACCAGCUCCACCGUAUCCCGCCUUAGCUCCACCGUGAAUAAGCUUUUUUUGUGGCUUUUAAGGAAUUUGAAUUAUUAACAUAAUGGUGGGCCCAUCUUCAGCAUCUACCUCACUGAAGGAGUACCUUAAAAAAUAUGAAAGUAACAACAAUGAAGAGGAAAAGAAGAAACAGAAGAAAAAGAAGAAGGUUAAACCUAAUGUCAAAAGUGUUGGUGUCGUCGUCGUUGACGAAGAUCCUGUUUGGCAAAAGCCUGUAAAAAUUGAAGAUGAAGAGGAUGAGUCAGCUGGUAAUGUAUUUCAAAGAUGAAGAGCUGCCUCAAGUAAAUGAGGAUAUUGAAGUUAAGCGCAUGAAGAGGUUGGAGCAGCUUAGAGCCAGGCGUCCAUUUGGUUCCGUUUCAGAAGAUGGAAGUGGUUGGGUAUCUGUUUCUAGUACUUCUAAUAAUGUUAUUUCUGAUGAACAAGUUUCUGAUUUGUCCCCGCCACGGAAAAGGCUUGGUCGGAAUGAUAGUCCCUCACCAGAACCUCAACUUAAUCCAUCAAGUUCUGGGGCUGAUUAUUUGUCACCACCGCGUAAACCAAGGGCUCGAAAUGAUACACCCUCUCCGGAAAGUGGGCCCAACCAGCCAAGAACUCAAGAGGGCGACCUGUCUCCACCCCGCAAACGUAGUGCCAGGAAUGAUCUACCGAGGGCUAGGAUUCAUUCACCUUCACCCGAAUCCCAGUUGAAGCCUUCAAGCUCAAGAGAUGCUGAUCUGUCACCACCGCGUAAGCGGAGGGUUCGGAAUGAUACACCUGAACUUGAAAUGAAAUCUUUGAACAGUAGAGAUGUGGAUGUCUCUCCACCAAGGCGACGUAGGAUUCGAAAUGAUACCCCUUCACCAGAAUCCAAAGCCAGGUCUUCUGCAGAUUUUUCACCACCAAGACGGAGACAAAAGCACGGCCAAAGUCUUCUAGAUACUUCUGAUGUUUCUCCUCCUCGACGAGGUUCCCGUGCUCAAGGUGAUUCAAGAGUCGAUCAACCUACAGAUCUCUCGCCCUUGAGGAAGGCACGUCCAGCUUCAUCCACUAUGAAGCAGGGGCCAAAGACUGGUUUGGUUAGUGGCAAAGAUAUCAAAGAAGAAAUUGAUAGAACAAAGAAGGAAGAUUGGUUGAGGUUUCAGGAAAUGGAUCCUUUGGUUAGUGGCCGAAACGCUGAACCAGUAUAUCGGGAUAAAAUUACAGGACAAAGAAUGUCAAAGGAAGAAUUCUUGAAGUCCAAGAAGAAGAAGGAAGAGAAGGAGAAGCCAAAGGAAAUAAAACUGGAAUGGGGCAAGGGCUUGGCUCAAAAGCGCGAGAUGGAGGUUAGGCUUCAGGAACUAGAAAGUGAAAAGGACAGGCCAUUUGCACGUACCAGAGAUGAUCCAGAACUUGACACAAUGCUGAAGGAAAGAGUUCGGUGGGGUGACCCAAUGGCACAUUUGGUUAAGAAAAAGCAAUUGGACCCAAUUCUGCCGGACUUUGGGACUAAUGAGAAAAUGAAGGACUCAGGUUUUAUAAUCCCUCAAGUGAUCCCUUCUCACAGCUGGAUAAAAAGAGGAUUGGAUGCAGCCCCGAAUCGUUAUGGUAUAAGGCCAGGGCGACACUGGGAUGGAGUUGACCGAAGUACAGGAUAUGAGAAGGAUUUGUUCAAGAGGAUGAAUGAGAAACAAGCAACCGAAAGAGAAGCAUAUCUGUGGUCGGUUUCCGAUAUGUGACUUGUUCCGGUGUGCUGUAGCUUUUUGUAUUUUAAUGGGGACUUACCACCUCCACUUCUCUCUGUUUUGAGAAGAUUUUUCUUUCUGGUAUGCAUGGUGGUUUCUCCCAAGGUAGUUUUUUCAUCAUCCAUUGUUGUUUUUGUAUAUGAAUGUCGAAUUUGUUCCUGCAUUCCUUCUAUUUGUGGGUUAAGAGUUUGAGUUCAUGCCCAAAUUUGAUAAACGGAUUUUUAAUUCUACUCCUUGUGCUGUUGAAUAAUGUAUAUUGGCGUUUGUGUUUUGAGCUAAAAUUUGAUUUUCUUUUA